CAAACGACUUCCGUAACGAAUGUCAACACCAUUCAAAAAUGUGAUCCAUUUCAACGACGAAUAACACAUUCUCCUGUUAACGAAGAUGGCAGAAGUUGACGAUCACGAUGGAAGGGAACAUUCCUCUCUGUCAGAAAGAUAUGAACUUGAAAUUGACGAUGAAACGGAUUCACCGCGCCGAUUAAAUGAUAGUCUGACGCCUGAAUCGGGCAUUGAACUCGAAAGCCGAGCAACUGAUUUGACAGGGAAGGGUGACGAAAAAACAUUUAUACCCGACGAAGAACCUGAAUCUUCAUUAGCUGUUAAACCAAAUGAAAUGUUUCAGUUUGAUCUUACUAAUCCAGACGAAGUGAUGCGAAUGCUUGAAACAGUUGACCUUUCUGAAGAAGAUACCGAUGUACUGCUUGAGGAAGCCUACAAUGUCAACAAAAAACUCAAAAUGAUGCUACAGAAAAAAGGAGAAGAAAAAGAGUUUAACCAUGCAGAAGCAUCUCUUGUAAACGGAUCAUCAGUAAUAAUGGUUCCUGGUAAAUCUGUUCAGUCCAGAGCAAAUUCUAAUACCAGGACAAAUUCUAAUUCUAGAGCAAAUUCUAAUACCAGAACAAAUCCCAGUACUAAGACUAUGCCUUCUCAAUGUAGAGUUGCCUCUGGUACUGCAUCAAGAGAGAACUUAUUUGCUAAAAAUGUCCCACUUCCUCCAAUAAAGGAUAUUAAUCCCCAUUCACUCCAUCCAACAGUUGGUAAUACAGUUGAUGCCCAUGCCUCUUCAGUAUACAGUGCUAAGCUGCGCAGACCUGCCCCACCUUCUGCUGGUGGCACACCAACCAGGAAUGCCUUAUCAUCACAAGGUCCAGGUCGUAGAGUUGUACCUCAUCAAGGUCUUAUGGAUGAACUGUCCCUGAAAAGGAACAUAUUUCGCCAAACAAGAAACCAAAGAGUGCCAAGAAGCAUGAACAAGUUCCAGUAGUGGAGCGUCCACCAUGGAAUGACCGGUUCAAUCAGGACUGAAGGCCUUCACAGCAUAAUAACAGUACAGGCCACAUGGAUUGGUGAUGGACAGACUUGUAUAAUUUUUUACACAAUAUAGCUGUAUUCAAUUUAUAUAAAACGUAUUGGUUUAUUUAAUUUUCACAGUUGGCCAUGAAUGAUAUCUUGACAAUGAAUAUUAUCGUUUUUUCCAAGCAGAACUGUUUUCAUCCACAACUGUCUGUUCCAUAACAUACAUUUGUACAUGUAACAAUGGCUAUACUUUAUGGACAGUAUUUGAAGAAUUCAUUAUUUAUAUGCCAUUACUUGUACAUAUCAUUUAAUUCAUUGCUAAUUAAUAUUUGUAAUCUAAAUUAUACUUUUUGAAAUCAAGUAUCCUACAUUUGUAAACUCAGAAAAUAUUUGUUCAGAGUAA